AUGUUAGCAGAGUUGCUAAAGGGGACCAAAUCAUUAGAGAAGGGUUUACAAGAAUUUAGAGAAGAGGAAGAAAAAUUCCACAAAUCAGUAAAGGAAUAUUUUCAAGAAAAUAGAGAAAGGGCAGAAAAAUUCCACAAAUCAAUACAGGAAGAUUUACGAGAAUUCAGAGAAUCAUUAAAGGAAGAUUUACAAGAAACUAUAGCACAAGAGAUCAAAACAUUGCGGAUGAAGAUGGAAUGUAAUCUGAAGAAAGAAAUGCAGAAGGUACCAGAACGACUGAAGAUGAACAUCGACGAGAGAGAAAGUAAGCUACAGAAGAAUAUAGACGAAGUCCAGGGAGACGUGGAGAAGAUGGAAGGAAAGUUAGCAGAAAAGAUACCAGGAGAUGUUGAAGAAACAAAAGCCGAAUUGGGAGAAAGGAUCACCGAGGUGACGCAGAUGCAGAAACGAUAUAAUGAUGCGGUUAAGGGAAUAGGAGAUAGGCAAAACCAACUGGCUGUCGAUCUGAGAAAUGCUAUAGCCGUGCAACGAGAAGAGGAUAACCAGAGGGUUACAAUGGAAGGUGAGGCCUUCACUUGGGGAGUCAAGAAGAAGGAAGGGACUACUAGUUAUGAUCAGUUUGAAGGAGAAUUCUUGAAGAAAUACUGGUCCAGAAGUCAUCAGUGUGCAGAACUUGAGGACCUACUACGCCACAAGUCGCUUAGUACAUGGAGAGGAACGUUGAGAGAGUUUGCCGAACAUUUGUGGGAAUUGAACGAGACCUUGGAACAACCCCUGAGUGGUGACAUAAUGAUAUCAGCGAUAAAAAGAAGAUUGAAUCAAAGAAUGCAAGAAACUGUAUCUGGAAGCCUAAUUAAAGAUAGGGAGGCCUUGAUGGAGAUACUGGAACAGUUGGAAUCUGUUCGAUCACAGGAACACAACCAAGCUAAUGAUCAAAACCGAGGGGGAAGUAAUGACCCAAGGAAUCAUUUUAAUCAUUCGUCUGAUUAUAGAGGAAGAGAUGGAGGGACCGGAAAACUGAAUGACACUCCAGGUGAGGUCCGGUCAAGACUCCCAAAGCACCACUACGUCAACUGGAGUCAGCUAACAAAUAAGCUGGUGAUAGUAACAAAUUGCCUGGAAGAGACGCCACAGCAGACUGUGCAACACGACGCCAUUAAGGGGCAUUUGGAAUACGAGCUGGACUUGUUGGCAGCAGGAGGACUUAUGAAGAAACGACAAGAAUAG